AUGACUUCCCAUCCUCUUGAUCUCCAGCCGGGGCAAGUCUCCAUUUCGCCCCUCCUCAAGCAGCUUGCCUACCCCGCGAACGAAAUUCCCGUGAGCGCAUUGGAAAUCGCCUCAGCAUUCGCCUUGAUUUUCGAAGACAAACUCUCUGCUAUUCAAACUGCAGCUCUAUUGACGCUCCUGCACUCCACUGGAAAAGAUCGCGAAGCAGAUGUGAUUGCACAAUGUUCCAGUCGCAUGAGAGACGCCGCUUCGCAAAUCGAAAAAGGUCCUCUGGAACAGGCCGUCAAGUCUCGUGGAAAGAAGGAAGGCAAUUACAAUGGUGGUCUUUGUGACAUUGUCGGAACCGGCGGAGAUUCGCAUUCUACAUUCAAUGUUUCGACAACAGCCUCGAUCAUCGCGUCCCCACUCCUCAUGAUGGCUAAGCAUGGAAACCGUGCCCAGACCUCCUUCUCUGGAUCUGCUGACGUCCUCAAUGCCGUUGCACCGGUGCCCCCGAAAAUUUCCGCGCUCAACGCUGAGAACAUCACCAAGGUGUACGAAGCGACCAACUAUGCGUUCCUAUUCGCUCCCAAUUUCCACCAGGCUAUGAUGUACGCCAAUCCAGUGCGCCGGGGUCUGGGUCUCCGAACAAUCUUCAACCUCAUGGGGCCGCUUGCCAACCCUCUUGACUGGGCCCUGGAGGCACGAGUAGUUGGUGUCGCGUACCAGAGUCUUGGGCCAGUCUUUGUUGAGGCAAUCAAACAACUUGGUGCGAAAAAGGCUCUCGUCGUUUGUGGUGAGGAAGAUAUGGAUGAAAUCAGUUGCGCAGGCAAGACCAACUGUUGGAGGCUUUCCGAGUACCCCAAUCCCGCAUACCAAGAAUCAGGAAAUGACAACGAAGACGACACACCACGCACCCUGGUCAAGGUGGACACUUUCCAACUUCACCCAUCAGAUUUCGGCCUACCUACUCACCCUCUCACUGAGGUGUUCGGAAGAAAGAUGCCCCAAGACAAUGCUGCUAAGUUGAUGAGCAUUUUGCGUAACGAAUUGCCCCGGGAUGACCCAAUCCUGGACUUUGUGGUCAUGAACGUGGCUGCUCUCCUGGUAACUUCAGGGAUCUGCGAGUCUGAAACCAGCAACAUGGGCCCUGAGGAUGAUGGUAAAGUCAUCACUGAGCGUGGACCUGGUGGUGGACGCUGGAAGGAAGGUGCUCGCCGUGCACGAUGGGCAAUCGAAAGUCGCUCGUCACUCAAGUCCUUCGAAGAUUUCAUUGAAGUCACAAACAAACUUUAA